AUGUUAUUUAUUUAUUUUGCUGUUAUGAAGUCUGACAUUCGCAUGCCGUUGCUUCUCCCUUCCACAUGGGGUGAUCUUCCUUCUUGUUUUUAUAUCUCAACCGAGAACCAGCCGGUCAAGCUGGUCUCGUCAAAACAAUUCGUCGUUGUGCUUUUCAAACGUCCCCGAGUCUAUUGGGACAAGUGGUUUGGCCACAGGAGAUCGAGGAGCGCCAUAGGCAGACCGAUAGCUCGUUGGCCCCAGUACAGUUUGGUGUAA